UAAAAAAAAAAAAAAAAAAAAAAAAAGUCUCCUCCAAGGCUCCUACUCUUCUCUUCUCUUCUCUGUCCGACGGCCCAUUUUUUCCCAAAAUUUCCAAAUUUUCUCUCUCCUCCCCCUUUCUCUCUCUAGAUCACAGUCCUCCAUUGUCGUCUCCUUCUUCAAACCUCCAUUGUUGUUCCUUCUUCACUGCAAUUCCAUCUCCAACGAUCCUCCAUUUUCUCUCUCCUCCAUUACACUCCACUCCGAUCUCUCUUGAGGAGAGAGAAAAAUCGUCGACAAUUCGCAGAUUAGGUUUCCUCCAUUUUUCUAUCUCUUCCUUGGAUCUGAGCUGCCAUGGCGCUUUCCGGCAUGAGAGGUCUUUCCGUCUUCAUUAGCGAUAUUCGUAAUUGCCAGAAUAAAGAGCAAGAACGUCUUAGGAUCGAUAAGGAGCUCGGCAAUAUUCGUACCAAAUUUAAAAAUGAUAAGGUUAUAUCUCCUUAUGAGAAGAAGAAGUAUGUUUGGAAAAUGCUUUACAUAUAUAUGCUUGGUUAUGAUGUUGAUUUUGGUCACAUGGAAGCUGUUUCUCUGAUAUCUGCACCAAAAUAUCCAGAAAAGCAGGUUGGUUAUAUAGUGACAUCAUCUUUACUCAAUGAGAAUCAUGAUUUCUUACGGCUAGCUAUUAAUACCGUACGCAAUGAUAUCAUUGGACGCAAUGAAACUUUCCAGUGUCUAGCCUUGACCUUGGUUGGGAAUAUUGGUGGUAGGGAAUUUGCAGAAUCUUUGGCACCUGAUGUGCAGAAGCUACUGAUGUCAAGCAGUUGCAGGCCCCUUGUGAGGAAGAAAGCUGCUCUAUGCCUCCUUCGGUUGUAUAGGAAAAAUCCAGAUGUUGUAAACGUAGAUGGCUGGUCAGACCGAAUGGCACAACUUUUAGAUGAACGUGAUUUAGGUGUUCUAACAGCUGUUAUGAGCCUGCUGGUUGCUUUAGUAUCAAAUAAUUAUGAUGCAUACUGGAGUUGUGUUCCCAAAUGUGUCAAAACCUUGGAAAGACUUGCUAGAAACCAGGAUGUUCCACAGGAGUACACAUACUAUGGCAUCCCAUCUCCCUGGGUUCAGGUUAAGGCUAUGAGGGCCCUUCAAUAUUUUCCUACUAUAGAGGAUCCAAAUAUCCGGCGAUCAUUAUUUGAGGUUUUGCAACGGAUAUUAAUGGGUACUGAUGUUGUUAAAAACGUAAACAAGAACAAUGCGUCACAUGCUGUUCUCUUUGAAGCCCUUGCCCUUGUUAUGCAUCUUGAUGCUGAGAAAGAAAUGAUGUCGCAAUGUGUUGCUCUGCUUGGGAAGUUUAUUGCUGUUCGUGAGCCAAACAUACGAUACCUUGGUUUGGAAAAUAUGACCCGAAUGUUGAUGGUUACAGACGUGCAAGACAUCAUUAAAAGGCAUCAAGCUCAGAUCAUUACCUCACUGAAGGAUCCUGAUAUCAGCAUACGGAGGCGUGCUCUUGAUUUGCUGUAUGGAAUGUGUGAUGUUUCAAAUGCAAAGGACAUUGUUGAGGAAUUAUUACAGUAUCUCAGUACAGCGGAAUUUGCUAUGCGGGAAGAAUUGGCUCUGAAAGCUGCCAUACUUGCAGAGAAGUUUGCGCCUGACUUGUCAUGGUAUGUGGAUGUGAUCCUUCAGUUGAUUGAUAAGGCAGGUGAUUUUGUUAGUGAUGACAUAUGGUUCCGCGUGGUGCAAUUUGUUACAAACAAUGAAGAUUUGCAAUCAUAUGCAGCAGUGAAGGCCCGGGAAUAUCUUGACAAGCCUGCUAUACACGAGACAAUGGUUAAGGUCAGUGCAUAUAUACUUGGAGAGUUUGGCCACCUUUUGGCCAGAAGGCCUGGUUGCAGUCCCAAGGAACUUUUUAGCCUUAUUCAUGAAAAGCUUCCUACUGUAUCAAGUUCCACUAUUCCUAUACUGCUUUCAACGUAUGCUAAGAUUUUAACGCACGCUCAACCUCAAGAUUCAGAAUUACAGAAUUUGAUUUGGGCAGUGUUCCGCAAAUAUGAGAGUUGCAUUGAUGCAGAAAUACAGCAACGUGCUGUAGAGUAUCUCACAUUGAGUAAGAAAGGAGCUUCUUUGGUGGAUAUAAUGGCCGAAAUGCCCAAGUUCCCUGAGCGACAGUCUGCUCUAAUUAGAAAAGCUGAAGAUGCUGACAUUGAUGCUGCUGAGCAAAGUGCUAUCAAAUUACGGGCGCAGCAGCAGACAUCAAAUGCCCUUGUUGUUACUGAUCAACAGCCUGCCAAUGAAGCCCCUGCGGCAGUACAGCUUACCCUUGUAAAAGUACCUAGCACGAGCACUGAUACGGAUCAUCAAGGUACACAAAGUGCACUACCUCAAUCCAAUGGGACUUUGAGUGAAGUGGAUGCCCAACAGGCUGCUCCAUCUCCUGAUCUUCUUGGUGAUCUUUUGGGCCCUCUUGCUAUAGAGGGCCCUCCAGGUGCUUCCGGGCAAUCAGAGCUAGAAGGGGUGCCAGGAGCUGAUGCUUCUUCAACUGAAGUGGAUGCUUUGGCACUGACACCAGUAGAUGAGCAAAUGAAUACUGUUCAGCCCAUAGGAAGUAUUGCUGAAAGAUAUCUAAACUUGUGCCUCAAGGAUAGUGGCGUACUAUACGAGGAUCCUUACAUUCAGAUUGGAACUAAAGCAGACUGGCGAGCCCAUCAGGGUCGCAUGGUCCUUUUCUUGGGAAACAAGAAUACUGCUCCACUUGAUUCAGUUCAAGCAGUAAUCUUGCCUCCUGCCCAUCUGAAAAUGGACAUUUCACUGGUACCUGAGACUAUUCCUCCACGGGCUCAGGUGCAAUGCCCACUUGAAAUUGUGAAUCUCCGUCCAAGUAGGGAUGUUGCUGUUCUUGACUUCUCAUACAAGUUUGCAACCUCCAUGGUGAAUGUGAAACUCCGUCUUCCUGCUGUCUUGAACAAGUUUAUGCAGCCAAUACCUGUCUCUGCAGAAGAAUUUUUCCCUCAAUGGCGGUCACUUUCAGGACCACCUUUGAAGCUCCAGGAAGUGGUGAGAGGUGUUAGACCUAUGCCAUUAAUGGAGAUGGUAAAUCUGUUCAAUAGCUAUCACUUGAUGGUUUGUUCAGGACUUGAUCCAAAUCCUAAUAAUCUAGUGGCAAGCGCAACAUAUUACUCAGAACAUACAAGGGCCAUGCUAUGUUUGAUUAGGAUAGAAACUGAUCCUGCAGACAGAACUCAGCUGCGUAUGACAGUUGCCACUGGAGAUCCCACACUGACUUUCGAGCUGAAAGAAUAUGUCAAGGAACAAUUGAUUGCCAUCCCAGCAACUUCCCGAGGAGCGCCAACUACGCCAGCACCUCCACAGCCUACUAGCCCCGUGGCAGCAUUGACGGAUCCUGGAGCUAUUCUUGCCGGCUUGCUGUGAUAAAGGAUGCAGCUAAUGUGUUUAGAUGAUCUGUUCGUAAUAUACAUGUACAAUUGAUUUACAGCCAAGCCUCGAUUCAUCUAAUGAGCAAAGAAGUGAUAUAAACACCAUCAUGCCAGGGCUGGCGGAAUUGAGAAUGAGCUAAUUUGUGAUCAGCUACAUCAUUGGAUAUAAAAAGGGAAGAGGGGGGCGUUGGGGAUAGGAUUUUUUCUUCAAGGUGCUUUGGUGAGAUUUCUUUCAGCUUAGUUUUACCCCUCUUGAUUUUGUUUUACCAUAUUUUUCCAUUUAUUAGGGUGCAUUAUUGGUGUUGGUUUCUGUAAUAUUGUAGUACUUAGCUUGUAAAAGAACUGUCGUGCGGUUUUUUUUUUUUUUUUUUUUUUUUUUUUUUUUUGCCCCUCAAUUUUUGGGUGAGAAAGGGUGUUGUAAUUGGAAAUAGAGAAUUAGAGUGAAAUAUAUUUCUUUAUUAUUGCCAACCAUAAAGUUGUAACCAGCAAAAUUAUCCUUAGCAACAUUGUUGGUACGGAGUAUAUUAUCCAUUACUGUUUGAUAUUGUAGAUCAAUGCUAAAAGGAGUUUUAUCCAAA